AUGCUUCAAGGAGUUUUGAAAACAAUCCAUCUAUAUAAAUCUCUCAUACGCAGCAAAAUUGACUAUGGCAGUCCAUGCUUUACAAAAAUUUCCAAUAAAACCGCCAAUAUCUUAAAAACUGUUCAAAAUUCUUCUUUACGAAUUUGCAUUGGAGCUCUUUACUCCUCACCCAUAGAUAGCAUCUACUGUGAAGCUGCAGAACUACCCUCAGAUUUCAGAAAAUCACUAGUAGCAAAUAAAUUCAUUACAUCAGCCUCAGCUAAUCCAUCACAUCCCCUCCAAAAUCUUAUCUCAAUAUUCAGCUUACAUCAUUUCCAACAAAAUGACAACCCACUUGCUAAGUUCAUCUCUGAAAUAAAAAACCUUGAAAUUGAUCUCAAAAAUCUCAUCCAAAAACCCAUAACAUACCCUCCUUGGCUAUUAAAACCCUUACAAAUUGAUUUUCAACUGAGAAAUUAUCCAAAAAGAAACCAUUCCCCAUUAGAAAUCAAAAGCCACUAUCUUGAACUCAUAUCAAACUACACUGAAUGCAAUUUAUGCUUUACUGAUGGUUCCAAAAUCUCUAACCUACAUACAGGAUAUGCUUUUUCAAUAAAUGAAAAAAUUUUCAAUUUUAAAAUUCAUGAGGUCUCUUCAAUAUUUACUGCCGAACUUCUUGCAAUUUACCAUUGUCUUUUGAACAUAUCCACCACUCAGCUUGAAAACAAAAACUUUUUAAUACUAAGUGACUCUCUUAGCUCCUUGAUAUCCAUACAAAACAUUUUUUCUGAUCACCCUAUUGUUCAAAAUAUUCACAAAAUUCUGCUAGAUCUCCAAAAUUCAAACCACACCAUCCACCUUAUGUACACUCCUAGUCAUGUCGGCAUUGAAGGAAAUGAAAUUGUUGACACCUAUGCAAAAUCAGCCACUAUCCCCCCUCCCUUCACCAUUUUCACCCCUGACGAUAUAAAAUCCUUCUUCAAACAAAAUACUCACUCUAAAUGGCAAAAUUUCUGGUCAUCACAGACAUCAAACAAACUCUUUCAGCACAAAAAAACAAUCUACCCCUGGAAAAACCUUAAUCACCUAAACAGAAGAGAAGAAAUAAUUAUAACCCGUCUAAGAAUAGGUCACUCUAAAAUCACACACAAUCAUCUCUAUCAAAAAAUUCCGAAACCCCCCUGUCAAUUCUGUGAAAAUGAACCUAUAUCCAUCCAACAUUUACUAUUCACCUGUCCUAAAUUACAGCAAACAAGACUAUCUCUCCAAAUAGACCCAAAUUCAAUGACCAUUCCAGAUAACCCUUCUGAAAUCCAAAAAUUUAUAACCCUACUUAAAAGCACCAACCUAAUAAACCAAAUCUAAACCCUUCUAGCCACGGGUGUAAUAAUCGUGCAAUUAUAAACACCCAAAAAAAAAAAAAAAAAAAAAAAUU